AGCACGCCACGACAGGGAUGGGACGUAUAUAAGGACAUUUCUUCUCCUCGUUUGGCAGUCACUCCUCAAUCAGGACAGAGGACAGCAGGAUGAAGGUGGUAUUUGUGUUGUGCGUGGUGCUGGUGGUGCUGAUGGCGGUGGUCAUGGCAGCCCCUGGACCCGAGGCUGACCCGGGCUACGGUGGCUACGGUGGCUACGGUGGCUUCGGCGGCCACGGCUAUGGCUAUGGCUAUCCUGGCUAUCCUCGCUACUAUGGUGGCUAUGGUGGCAGGCAUUACGGGGGCUACGGAAUACGUGGCUUUGGUGGCUAUGGCGGCUAUGGUGGCCUCGGCGGCUAUGGGAGACGUUAUGGCUUCGGCUACUUUGGUUAAUCCACAGGACGGCGGGACGAAAGCUCAGAGCGCCGGACUCCACAAUUCCCCGCCCACUUGAAGCUGCUGUAACUCUGGCCGGUUCACUGAGUUUGUGUAAAAUGUAGAAAAGUGUUGUCAAUAAAAUUUCAAAAGAAAAAAGUUGUUUAAAUGCUCAGAUCGCCUGUCUUGGUUUAUCCACGGCAGCAAGGGGGCGGCGUGACUGUGUACUCCCAUCGCUCGGUGCUCGACGAGGCGUGGAGAGCCUGAAGCGGUGCGCGGCGUGCCUGGCGUGUGGCUCCUCAGCUGCAUCCAAGAAAGUUUACUCGCGUGCAGAUAAAAUACUAUCCUUAAAAAGAGUUUUGUGAAAGUUAGGAAAACACGAAUGUAUUUUUUCA